UUUGAAAAGACGAGAGGGCACAUGAGAGGGCGCUCCCUCCUGAGGCUGAGUGAGUUCUGUGCCUCUUCUUUGGUUUAAGAAGCACUUUCCUUGGCAGUGGCUCUCUGCUCCGGCAUGCCGCUUUUCCACCUCAAAGGGACUCCUGUGUAAAGUGUUGCUUGAAGAGUUUCAGCGCAGAAGAAGACCGCAGCCCACCUGCUGAACCAAAGGACUCCACUGCCCCUCCCUUACAAAACCCCUCACAAAUUUCACAUCUGCCAGUAACCCGAUGCCACAACCGAACAGAGCUACCCCUGAGCCAGCUGUCAAACGGUCAGACACUUGGGGCCAGAGGCCACGAAGCAACCGCAGACGCCCCCCUUAUGCUGCGGGAGAUUUGGAAGCACAGCAAUCCAGCCACAAUAAAGCUGAGGGUGGGGCUGGAGACACAGCUCCUAGCAGGCUUCUCGGCAAUUAUAAAAGCGGGCCUCCGAGUGCGGGGUUGCGGGCAUCGGCCCCUGAGUUCGUGCCAGGUGUGUCUUCUUUGAUGGGGCAACAUGUGCCAGGAGUUGAGCAGACGAACGGCCACCUGGCGGAGCAGGGGAACCCUUAUCAACGAAGCAACAGCUCCCGCAGGCGCGGAGGCAACCGAGGGGGCGCGAGUAAGAGUUGGAGGACGAGAAACGUCGAUAGCCAAAAGAGUAUAGGAGAUGAGGGCCUGACGGUCAGUACAGAUAAGGAUACAGCCGAGGGGUCCGCUGAAGUAGAUCGUCAGCAGGAGGAGGUGGUUAAGAUGGUGGAAGAACUUGCAGCCAGCAAUGUUGGGGAAAAAGAAGGGGCCCUAGGGAAGAACCAGGGUGCCAGUACAAGUUAUGAGAAGGACUCUGGGGAUUCUGUUUUUGAGAUUCGCGGAUUGGUUGAACCGAUGUUGGGAGAAGAGGAAAGGGCGGCGAAUGAAGAGGAGCAGCAAGAUGAGGUGAUGGUCCUCGAGUCGAUCUUUGCCACUGAUUUUCAGCAAACAAGCUCAGACCCGACAACGUUUGAGCUUUUGGUCCAUGUUGCCCUGCCUGCCGCCCAUAUCCAAGUCUUGGGGCGCCUUUUGGACAGCGGUCCGAGCAGCACGCUAGAUAGUCUUAGUCAACCAGAGGCUUCAAACACAGACGAAACCUCCGACUUUGCCAGAGAAGAAGAGGGCGAAAGCGCCACCGCACAAGCUGGUGAGGUCAGCGAGGCAGCGGCAGAGGAGAAGGAAACCAAUGGAAAAGAGCCCCCCAGGGGGCAGAUCUGGGUUGCAAAGUCCUGGCAGGGGGGCAGGUUACUGUCGCUAACGCUGGAGCACCUCCCCCCCCUGCGGCUGACCUGCACUCUUCCGGCGGCGUACCCGUCACACUCCCCCCCGCGGUUUGCAUUGUCCAGCGUGUGGCUCACGCGACCGCAGCUGGGCCGGUUGUGCCGGGGCUUAGACGAGGUUUGGCAAGAAAACCAGGGUCAGGUUGUGGUGUACUCGUGGGCGGACUGGUUGACCAGGGAGACGUUUGAAACCCUGGAUUUGGGGGAAAGUUUCGAGCUUGGGGGCACGUUGAAUGCGGAAGGGAAGGGGAAGGAGAGCGCGGAGCAUGACGAGCGGGCGCAGGCGGAGGGGUGGGGCGUGCAGGACGUGCUGUCGCGGCUGCUGCGGUACAACGAGGAGAAGACCAUGGAGGAGUUUAGAAAAGGGGUGCACGAGUGCCAGGUGUGCUUCGCAGAGCAGCCCGGCACCGAGUUCGUCCACCUGUGGCCGGGCUGCCGCCACAACUUUUGCCGGGGAUGCAUGACGUCACUGGUGGACAUCCACGUCAAGGAAGGCUCCCUGGCGCGCCUCACGUGCCCCGACACCGACUGCAAAGAACCGCUGCCGCCCAAUAUCAUCAAGGACCUGCUCGCGCCGGAGCAGUUCCAGCGAUGGGAGACGCUGAUGCUGCAGAAGACGUUCGACUCGAUGUCAGACGUGGUGUACUGCCCGCGCUGCGAGACGGCGACCAUCGAGGAGCCGGACCACACGGCGCAGUGCCAAAAGUGCUUCUUCGCCUUCUGCUCGCUCUGCGACGACGCCACGCACUUCGGCUCCCAGUGCAUGGACGCAGAGGCGCAGCUCGCCGUCCUGCGGGAGCGCACGCGCGGCCGGCUCCCCGCGGAGGAGCAGAAGCGCAAGGAGGCGGCGCUGCUGAACGAGAUCCUGAACAUGAAGUACGUGGAGCGGGAGGCCAAGAAGUGCCCCAAGUGCGGCAUGGCCAUCCAGAAGGACGAGGGCUGCAACAAGAUGACCUGCUGGAACUGCUCCUCCUACUUCUGCUACAAGUGCGGCAAGGCCAUUUCCGGGUACGACCACUUCAACUCGGGCGCGUGCGUGCUGUUCGAGGCCGCCGAGAUCGACGCGUGGAACCGGAUGAUGGCCGGCGUCAACGCGCCGCGUAACGAGGCGCGCGAUCGCAUCGACGCCCAGAUACAGAUGUACCCCAACCGCGUGCGUGCCUGCCCCGCCUGCCGCCAGCCCAACGUCAAGGAGGCCGGCAACAACCAUCUGCGGUGCUGGUCGUGCCAGAAUCACUUCUGUGGGGCGUGCGGGAAAGCUGUGCUGAAAGGGAGCCACCAUUUUGGCCCAAAGGGUUGCAAACAACACACUCCGGAUUGACUGCAUGUUGAGGUGGCUAGUUCUGCUUGCCGAAGCACAUUGCUUCGAGAUCGUACAAGCUGUUCGUAUGUAAGAAGCGAAGGUCGUGUACCUGUCUUUCGUAGUGCACUGCGAAUUUGGCCUUGUGUGAUUCCUGUGGAUUUCAGUGCGCUGCAAAAUCUCAGUCAUUAUUCAAUGGAUUUGAGAAGCUUUAUGAAGGCCGUAGAGCUUCCGUU